AUGGAUAAUCAAAGGAAGCAUUUGCGGCAUAUUAUGCUUCAAUGCUUUAAAAAAGGUAAUAGUGCAAAUGAUACUGUAGAUGAGAUUUGUACCGUUUACAGGAAUGGUGCUACGAUUAUUAUGACUAUCCGCAAUUGGUUUAAGAGAUUUAGAGCUAACAAUUUUGACUUGAAAAAUGAAGAUCGUAGCGGCUGCCCAAUAAUAACGAAGAAUAUAGAAUUUAUCAAGCAGCAUGAAAAAGAUUCUUUCUUAAAGAGGCUUGUCAGUGAAGACAAGACUUGGAUUUUGUAUCAAUGUGCAUCGAAAACACACUUGACUAUAGAUUUUCAACUUGAAACCAUCAAUUCUGCUCAAAACUGCGAUCAACUUAAUAAAUUGAAAGCUGCCAUAGCAGAAAAACAGCCAUUAGCAAAUCAAUGA